AAAAAUGGCAUUCAAUAUACACAUAUCUGGACCGAAAAUUAUUCUGCACAAUAAAACAAUAUCAGAUAUGUUUGUAGAGCAAUUGAACAACAAUCAAGGACUUUUUGGUAUCGACUGUUCUACUGGUAAAGAGUACAGUUAUUCAAAAUUGAAAAAAGACGUUUUAGCAUUGGCUACUGCAUUUCAAAAACAUGACAUUGGACACGGAGACGUUGUAAUGAUUACAGACUAUGGCUCGUACGAAGGACAGGUAGUUAUGUUAGCUGGGAUUUUGAUCGGUACAACUAUAGCUGCAUUGGAUCACAGUUUAAGAAAAAGUGUCUUGACAACGCUUAUCAAUGAAUCCAAGCCAAGCGUUUUUUUUUGUGAUACUCAUAGUAUAAAUAUAAUAGCAGAGAUUUUAAAUACUAUCACGCAUCAACCGAUUUUGAAGAUUUCUAAUAUGAUUCAUGAUGGUUUUACCGCUUAUUCGAAUAUCGUUGUUGCGGAGUACGACAUUUCGUUAUAUUUGUCGGACGACGCUAUGAAAUCAGCGUUAAUAUCUUUCAAACAGUCAUUGAUGGACGAACCAAUUGAAAACAGAUUUAUGAUAACAUCUCCUGUAUUUUGGUACACUGGAAUGUUAUUAAUGAUGCUUGGUAUUCAUUUUGGCAAACCAAGACUAUUCUUCUCGUCGAAGUCAACCGCUGAACAAGUACUUUGUUCAAUAAACAAAUAUAAACCAACAUUCCUGAUGACCGGUGUUGCUGCAAUGAAUGAGAUGAUGGCUUGUCAAAUGGCAAAUGGUCACAAAUAUAAUAUACAGAGUUUAAGGACAUGCAUAGUUGGCGGAUCUCCUAUGCGAGCCGAAUUACAAAAGAAAAUUGAAAACAAUCUACUACAAGGAAGGAUACCAAUCAAACAGGGGUACGGUGCAUCAGAACAGGGUAUUUUAGCCGUUUGGUCUAUGGAUUCAGAUAAAAGUACAGUUAUUGCCGGAUCUGUUGGGAGACCAGCAGCUGGUAUAAAAAUCAGGAUUGUUAGCUUGGAAACUGGCAAUUGUGUUGGCCCCAAUACUGAGGGAGAAAUUCGUAUUAAAUCGGUUUCCAACAUGAUGGGCUACGUCAACGACAUGAAAAAAACGAUUUGUUCGUACGACGAGGACGGUUGGUUCAAAAGCGGUGAUGUUGGAUACUAUACGGACGACUGUUGUUUGUUCAUCGUCGGUCGGAUUAAAGAGCUGAUGAUUUACAAGGACCAGAGGAUUGCGCCGUCCGACAUUGAAACCGUUUUAUUAAGUCAUCCUGCCGUACUCGAUGCCGGAGUGACGGGAAAGUUCAGUGUUGACGGAGAUUUGUUGGUUGGAGUUGUUAAAGUCAAACCGGGUCAAAAUGUUGAACCUGACCGACUCUUAUCCUAUGUCAAUGAUAGAGUGAAAGACCAUGAGAAACUGCGAGGUGGCAUUGUAUUCGUUGACGACUUGCCUAGAUCUCCAGCUGGUAAAUUGAAACGAGAAGAACUCCUAAAUGUUAUACAAUAAAUGCAUACAAUUUUUAUGAUUAAUUAAAGAAAGUAAUUGUUUGUCAAGAUGUAGUAAUUUUAACACACUUAAGUUAAUAUUCACAACACUUUGGUCAAGUGGCAUGGACACCCAUUGGUG